GAAAGCUCGAACACUGAGCCUGAUUCGGACAGAGAAGGCAAGAAAACUUCAGUGCGAGGAUCAUCAGGAAGAACUGAAGCUGUUUUGUCAAACUGACGAGAAGCUGAUCUGUGUGAUUUGUGCAGCCGGGCAGGAACACAAAGCUCACAACUUCACGCUGAUAGCAGAAGCUGCAGAAUGUUACAAGGAUCAGGUUAAAGCUUCCUUCCAGUCUCUCACAAAAAAGGAAUCAGGGAUCCAGCAAAUGGAGCAGCAACAGAAACAGAAGAUUUCUGGAGUUCUGGAACAGUCACACAACCUUCAGUCCGAGAUCACAUUCCAGUUUGCUGAACAGCACCAGAUUCUCACUGAGAAAGAGCAGCGCGUACUGGCAGAUAUCCAAGAAAAAGAGAAGAAGAUUCUCAAUACAAUGGAGAAAAAUCUUGGAGAGAUUGAGGGGAAUUUAAAAUCUAUUCAGCAGGAUCUCUUUACAUUGCAGCAACAUUUAGAUCAAAAAGACAGUGUGGUGUUUCUGAAGGAGGAAACUGGGUGCAAGCGAAGGAUUCGUGAUGAACCCAAACCACUGUCGGUGGUAGAUGAUGCCUUGCAGGUUGAAAAGUUUAUUUGCCCUGUUUCGUUGAACAAGGCAUUCAAAGAAAUAUCUGAUGACUUCAAGCAAGUCUCCAUCACCCUGGAUAUGGAAACAGCGCAUCCAUGGCUGGAUGUGUCGGAGGAUCGGAAGAGGGUGAGAUGGACCCGGACCCGGAGGAGUCUACCUGACACCGGAAGAGGUUUACAGGCAGUCUGUGUGUGCUGGGACUGCAGGGAUUCGUAUCAGGGCAACUUUACUGGGAGGUGGAGGUGGCGGGGAGUCAUGGCUGGAGGCUGGGAGUCGCCACAGACUCUGUGGAAAGGAAGAGACUGGUCACACUGACUCCGGAGACUGGAGUCUGGAGCCUCGGGCGGUGGGGUGACGCAUUUGAUGCACUCACCUCCCCUACAACCCCUCUCCCCGCCCGCCCCAUCCCUGGGAGGGUGGGAGUUUAUCUCAAUUAUGAAUCCGGGACAAUUUCAUUUUACAACGGGGACACCAAGUCCCAUCUCUACACCUUCACAGGGAAUAAAUUCACCGAAAAACUUUAUCCUUUCUUCUGGCCUUGUGAUGGAAACUGGCUGAGAAUCUGCUCCAUUUCCGAAACGGGAGUGUAAAAGGGCCGGGUCCCGGGACCAGCGUCAGGAGCGGGGCUCGGGCUGUGGGGCAGAAACCCGGUGGACAACAGGUCGGCGCUGAACUGGCUCCCAUUCAAUCCCCAAAUUCUGCAUCAUAAUAUCCUAGUGAACGCGGAAAUAAAACCAGGGGGAAUGUAAAUGUGGAAAGAAUGAAAUAAAUAGCAACUGAAAUCA